AUGGCGAAUCCCGACAGAAAACGCAUCGUCGUGAUUGGCGCCGGCGCAGCAGGAAUGUCCUGCGCCGCAACACUAGCAAAACACCCCUCCAAGUUCGACAUCACGCUCAUCGACAGCGUCUCCCAAACCGGCGGGCAGGCAACGACUCUCCCCCUGGACUCCAACAAAUACGGCGCAUCCUGGCUGAACGACGGCGUGCAAGGCGGCAGCAGCAUCUUCAAGCACACCUUCAAGUUCUUCCGGGACUACGGGUACGAGCCGCACGAGGUGAAAUUGCAAGUCGCGUUCGGGAAGGGCUCCGAUGCGUUCUUUACGAAUGUGUUCCCCAGCCCACUGGUCGAUGAGUUCCGCGCCGAGAUCAAGAAGCUAGGGCGCGUGAUGAAGGUCAUCAAGUACGCCUUGCCGAUACUGGGCGUCUUGCCGGUGAAGGUAAUCCUGAAGUUAUUUCGGUUCAGCACGGAGUUUGGCAAUCGCAUGCUCCUCCCCCUGCUGGCACUAUUCUUAGGCACAGGCAACCAAACGCCCAAUGUGAGCUGUGCGCUACUCGAGCGGCUUUUCCAGGACCCCGCCAUGAGACUGUGGGAGUAUGACUCCGAAGGCCUAAUGACGAAUCUCCCGACCAUGUGUACAUUUCCGAAUCUAGGCGAAUUUUACGAGACGUGGAAGAACGAUCUCGAGAUCAAGGGCGUGCGGAUCCAUCUGAACACCGAGAUCGAGAUCCUGCAUCGAGACCACGACGGCGUCGUACUCAGCCUACACACACCAGACGGCGAGAAAAAAGAAGCAUUCGACACGAUGGUGCUCUGCACGCCCGCCGACGAGUCCCUUCGACUCCUGGGCCGCAACGCCAACUGGAAAGAGCGCUGGGUGCUGGGCGGCGUGAAGUUCUUCGACGAUGUGACUGUCACACAUACCGACGCCACCUACUUCAACAGCAUAUUCGAGACGCGCGUCCGCGAUUCCCUCGUCUCAACGGCCCCUUCAUCCUCAGUAUCACCGGAAACCGCAUCAAAGCGCCAAGAGCAACUCUCCUUCGCGACGAAACCGUCCACAUGCGAGAAAGACGGCUGGACGGGCUUCAACCCGAUGUACUACACGCACAGCUACGCAACCGAGCAGGAUAAGAUCGAGAUGGGCUUCGACUGCUCCAACUACCAGCACCAGUUCCGGCAGGCCGUGGGCGUGGGAAAUCCUCCGCUCCCAGACGAGCAGCAUAUCUACCAAACCAUCUUCCUGGAUAAAAGCCGCCAGGACCUCUGGACGUGGGAGGAUAUCGACGAGACCAAGAUCCUGGGCAAGAAGUGGUGGCACCAGUUUGGGCACCGGUGGCAGCAUUAUGCGCGCGUUGUGCCGGGGAUGAUGUUUGCUAAUAGUUUGGCGAAUAAGACGCUUUUUGCGGGGGCUUGGACGAUGGUGAAUAUGCACGAGAUCGCGUGUAUCUCGGGUAUAGCGGCGGCGUAUAGGCUCGGCGCGAGCUACGAUCAUUUCGACGACUUCGCGCAGGAGGUCUUCGCGAAGUAUUUGCUUGUUUGUCAUGGGGUGAGGUAUAAGGGGGAGUCGGGGGAUAAGAAGCGUGUUUGA